AUGAAGGAACUUGAACAUACCACAAGUCAUAUUACCGACUUCCGCUCAGGAAGGAGUGGUGGGGGUUUACGGGAAGCACCUGAACGUAGCACAUCAUUACCAGCACUCCAGCGGCGGACAGCAGAGAUGCAGACUAUAAAGUGUGUGGUGGUGGGUGAUGGUGCCGUGGGGAAAACUUGCCUGCUCAUCUCCUACACAACCAACAAGUUUCCCUCUGAAUAUGUCCCCACGGUUUUUGAUAACUAUGCAGUGACGGUGAUGAUCGGCGGGGAGCCCUUCACUCUGGGACUGUUUGACACUGCAGGUCAGGAGGACUACGACAGACUGCGACCCCUCAGCUAUCCUCAGACCGACGUCUUCCUCGUCUGUUUCUCUGUCGUGUCACCCUCCUCUUUUGAGAACGUCAGAGAGAAGUGGGUGCCGGAGAUUUCACACCACUGCCCGCGGACGCCCUUCCUGCUGGUCGGGACUCAGGUGGAUCUGAGAGACGACAGCAACACUCUGGAGAAACUGGCCAAGAACAAACAGCGAGCCCUGAGCUGCGAGAGCGGAGAGAAACUGGCUCGCGAGCUCAGAGCCGUCAAAUACGUGGAGUGUUCGGCUCUCACGCAGAGGGGACUGAAGAACGUGUUUGACGAAGCCAUCCUGGCAGCUCUGGAGCCUCCAGAAAACAAACCCAAGAAGCGCUGCGUCCUGCUAUAGGCCUCACAAGUGGAGGAAGAGGAGGAGGAGGAGGAGGAGGAGGAGGAGGUGGAGGAGGAUGGGAAUGGGAAGGGCGGGGACGAGGGAGACAGUGCCUUCAGCCGUAGAGUCUUAAUGUGGGUGUGGUGUUGGAACAGACGGGCUCUCGACGGGCUUUAUUUUCAUCAUAGAUUCAUGUGGCGAUAACAUGACUAACGCGUGUCAAAACACUCCUCACUAACCAGGAAACGGACUUUUAACCGCAGGAGGAGGCAGGUUGGGCAAUACAGACGUCCUGAAGUUACAAACGCUGCGUGGAAACAGAAGCAGUGUCACUUGAAUGUCUUACAUUAAUUAAACAUUAGUGAAGUGAAAGGAUUUAAAGGAGCAGUUCGCCCAGAAAUGAAAAGUCUUUUUCUCCUCUCACUCGUGCUGAUGAUGAGUUUCUUAGUCCACAAAACAUUUCAGGGGCUUUACUGUUAAACAGCUUUGCAGCUGAAGAAGCUGAAAAUUGAUUCAAAAAGACGUUGUUUUUACACCAUUUUUAUUAAGAUGAAAUCUUCGCCGUAGCCACUAAAUGUUAGAACGCACCCCGUGUGAAGGGGAUGCACAAGCUCAGACUCGCAUCCGUGACGAGAUGAAGGAGAACUCGCGACCUCUGCGUGCCUCAGUGUUUACCUGCUGCCUGGAUGCUGCCAGGUUCACAUGUUUGCGGCUACAGUGAAGAUUCUGCCUUAAAACCAGCAGCAGAUAACGUCUUCAGAAUCGGUUUGGAAUCUCAGGGCUUCGGCAGACUUUGAUGAGGCAAUGAGCUGUAUUGAGACAUUUUAUGUUAUCUUUCUUUUCAGUUGUUUUUUAAAACAAGUCUCCAGCUUCUUCAGGUGUUCAGCAGAAGGCUGCAACGCUGUUUUACUGUGAGGCUCCAGAAAUGUUUUGUAGAUGAAGAGACUGACUCCAUCAGCACGGGGCAGAACUGUUCCUUUAAAACACAUAGAAGAGGAGCAGGUGGAACAAACCCAAACACUCUCCUCGGGCUAAAAUCGUGCUGUUUUUAAUUUAAAGCGACACACAUGAAAACGUGACCCAGUUGUUGAGCAUCACUCCCCUGCAGCUCAGCGGUUCAUCAGGGGGUCAACGGUCGCCUUCGCUCGAGGAUUCUGUGUGUGGCGACUGUGACCCCAAUUCAUCCAGGAGGUUCAGAUUAUUCAGAGCAGAACUGGCCGAGGUUCAGUACCGACGCCCGCUUUGCAGUCUAAAAGACAUGCAGGAGGUGAUUCAUAAUCUAAGGAUCUAAAUGAUGCCUUUUGUCUCUCCUGACGUCUCGCUGAGGACACGUCACGUCCCGAACACUCAAACUGUCACAUCAGUGGCUGCAAACGUAAACCUGUUCCCUGCAUACCACCUAAAAUAAAGAGUUAAAGGAGUCACAAACAGGAUUUGAACGUCAACUAAUCAGUACAUGUUGAGGCUGUCAUGUUAGUGUCAGACUGAAGGAGCUGCUCUUUAUGGCAGGAAGCAGGAAAAUAACAGCAAAGGCUGACACAAGCCUUCAUUUUACUGCAGCAUCAAAACCAGACUUCGCCUCAGCUGCUGAAUCUUCAGCUGCCACAGUAGUUCACUCUGAAGGCCUUAAAAUAUUUUCUUGCUGCCAAAUCUUACAAAGUCGUGUUUUUAGAUCAGCACAGCGAAAGUUUUGGGAUGUUUUUCUUUUCCCGGCUGAGCCGAGAUGUCAGGAAAUUCAGUAUUCAGAAGUCAGAGGCCGAAGUCCAGGGGGAAACGGGGAUCCGGACUCUGCUGGAAAGCUCCUGGAGACAAAGUGUUUUGUUUUUACACUUUGGUUAUGUUUGUUUGUUUGCAAAGGAACAUUAAGAUCAGAUGUGCUAAUUAGUGAACUUUGGAGAUGCUGGUAGGGAUGCCAGCCCCCCCCCCGUGACGGUCUCACAGUCCUCAAGCCGACCGGGUAAAGAACAGUUUUGAAGUCAGAAUGAAAAGCCAGCGUUGUGCCUGUCGUGAUCUGACCUCUCCAGCUCUCUUCUCAAAAGCAUUUGAAUAAACUGUUAAAUGGGACAGGCAGACUUUUCACACACAGCCUCCUCAAACUGGAACCUGAAGUGCUCGUCGGUGUGUUAGCGCCUCCCGGAGGCCUUAAAGGGGAGUACCCGCAGCUGACGAGACGUGAAUCUCUAAAGUCCUCAGCUGUAACACAGAGGUGCCUUUAAGAGGCGCUGCUCAACACUGACACUGUUAGCUUUGUUUUGUGUUGCUGUUCAAAUGUUUGAAGAAGAAAACGCAGCCGAGUGCUUCAUCUGUUCAGAUUCACUCUGACACAACAUGAAAGAAAAGUUUUCCUGUCUUCGUUUCUGCUAAUUUAUACUGAACAAACCAUAAGAGCUCACUAACCGUGAACUGCUUUUUCUGUUUGAGGUGGAAUAAUUGGAGACAUAUUUGUAUAUAAUAGAUUAUAGUUUUAAGUCUUAAGUGCUCUUAAUUGCCGACUGUACUGGGCUAACAAAUUAAAUCAUUAAACUGAGGGUAUUCCCUGUGAAAACGAACUAAAAUUCCUCUUUGCUGAUUUAUUUUUCCAGUGUUUUGUAGACUGUGGUUUGUUUUGAUCACGUAUGGAUGAUUACAAGUGUUAUGUGUAUUUUUCUUAUCUCCUUAUUGUUUCUUGGGGAGCAUCUUCUUAGCAGUUUUUUUGAACGCUUGAGUUUUUUUUUUUUUUUUUUAGAGAUUUUUACUUUAAACGAUCAGCUGUAAUAAGCUUCUAAAAGCAGCGACACGACAACAGCUGGAGCAGUUAGUGCAGAUGUGGAAAACUGCUUCGUAUGGAAAGAUGAACGUUGGGACUGGUGGGUGUGCAGAAGCAAUAAAAACAGUUCUUGAAUGUUGCUUCA